AUGGCGACGGAGGGAGGAGGGAAGGAGAUGAACGAGAUUAAGACCCAGUUCACCACCCGGGAAGGUCUUUACAAGCUGCUGCCUCAUUCGGAGUACAGCCGGCCCAACCGGGUGCCCUUCAACUCGCAGGGGUCCAACCCCGUGCGCGUCUCCUUCGUCAACCUUAACGACCAGUCUGGCAACGGCGACCGCCUCUGCUUCAAUGUGGGCCGGGAGCUCUACUUCUACAUCUACAAGGGGGUCCGCAAGGUACUGACCCAGCCGGCGCCGGGGCCCACUGGGGCUGCUGACUUGAGUAAACCAAUAGAUAAAAGGAUAUACAAAGGAACACAGCCUACGUGUCAUGACUUCAACCAUCUAACAGCCACAGCAGAAAGUGUCUCUCUACUGGUGGGCUUUUCUGCAGGCCAAGUGCAGCUCAUAGACCCAAUCAAAAAAGAAACUAGCAAACUAUUUAAUGAGGAAAGACUAAUAGACAAAUCCAGAGUAACCUGUGUAAAAUGGGUGCCAGGUUCGGAAAGCCUUUUCCUAGUAGCUCAUUCCAGUGGUAAUAUGUACUUAUAUAAUGUGGAACACACUUGUGGUACCACAGCUCCACACUACCAGCUACUUAAGCAAGGAGAAAACUUUGCAGUACACACUUGCAAGAGCAAGUCCACAAGAAACCCUCUCCUUAAGUGGACAGUGGGAGAAGGUGCCCUGAAUGAGUUUGCUUUUUCCCCCGACGGGAAGUUCUUAGCAUGUGUGAGCCAGGAUGGCUUUCUCCGGGUGUUUAACUUUGAUUCAGUGGAGUUGCACGGUACAAUGAAAAGCUACUUUGGAGGACUACUAUGUGUUUGUUGGAGCCCAGAUGGAAAAUAUAUUGUAACAGGUGGAGAGGAUGACUUGGUGACAGUUUGGUCUUUUGUGGACUGUCGAGUAAUAGCUAGAGGCCAUGGACAUAAAUCAUGGGUCAGUGUUGUAGCAUUUGACCCAUAUACUACUAGUGUAGAAGAAAGUGACCCAAUGGAAUUUAGUGGCAGCGAUGAGGAUUUCCAAGACCUCCUUCAUUUUGGCAGAGAUCGAGCAAAUAGUACGCAAUCUAGGUUAUCAAAAAGGAACUCUACAGAUAGUCGCCCAGUAAGUGUUACAUAUAGGUUUGGCUCAGUAGGACAAGAUACACAACUCUGUUUAUGGGACCUUACAGAAGACAUUCUUUUUCCCCACCAACCCCUCUCCAGAGCAAGGACACAUACAAAUGUCAUGAAUGCCACGAGUCCGCCUGCAGGAAGUGGUGGAACCAACCCAGGAAGCAAUGGAAACAGCAUCACAAUGCCUGGAAAUUCUGUGCCCCCGCCUCUUCCACGGUCCAACAGCCUUCCACACUCUGCGGUCUCAAAUGCUGGCAGUAAAAGCAGCGUCCUAGACGGUGCCAUUGCCUCUGGUGUCAGCAAAUUCGCAACUCUCUCACUACAUGACCGGAAAGAAAGACACCAUGACAAAGAUCACAAGCGAAAUCAUAGUAUGGGACAUAUAUCUAGCAAGAGUAGUGACAAACUGAACCUAGUUACUAAAACCAAAACGGACCCAGCUAAAACUUUGGGAACUUCUCUGUGCCCCCGAAUGGAAGAUGUUCCCUUAUUAGAGCCUCUUAUCUGUAAAAAGAUAGCACAUGAAAGACUGACUGUGUUAAUUUUUCUUGAAGACUGUAUAGUCACUGCUUGUCAGGAGGGAUUUAUUUGCACAUGGGCAAGGCCUGGUAAAGUGGUAAGUUUUAAUCCUUAAUGCUGCAUCAAGAUCUAGAACUUGAAUAGGUAGUGAUUUUUUUCCCCCUUGUGGGAGGGAUGGGGUAUAAAAUGAAUGUUGAAUGACACUUCUUUAUGCUUAAUGUAAAGCUAAAUGCAUCAGAGCCAUAAUUUUGGAUACUGCAUGCCAUGUAAUUCUGAAUCAUUUGACAUCUCACCAUAGUACAUUAAAAAAGGAAAAUAUAUACAAAUUACCAGCCAAGACAGUUAUCCUGUUGGGAGUACAUAGAGCCCUACGGAUCAGUUAGUGUUCCUAUAUUAGACUCUUGAUUUUAGGAAAAUCACAGCAAUGUGGAAAAACAGUGAUUUUAAAAUGCUAAAUUGAAAGUUUCUGCUUUGACUGAAGUAGUUUUGCUUAAACUCACUGACUAGGCUAUUAUGCACUUAAUGAGAGAAUGUGUGUUCAUUUCAAAGUCACUAAUUGUCAUUUAUAGUCAAAUUUUUUUCAACUUGAUCUUGAAUGUGGUUUAUGAAUCUAUCUAAAAUUUAACUUUAGGAACAAAGCGUUGAGCAGUGUUGAUAUUCUUUUUACAUUGUUAUGGCAAUCCAUCCAAAGACAAGAGCCUUAAUUUUUAAAACCCAUCUUAGUCAUUUUAUGACAGAAUUAAAGUUGUUUAAUAAACAUCUUUUCAAAGAAGUGGUUUGUAGCACUUU